GAGUAAUUACCUAACCCGUACGCGCGUGUAUCUAUACGCAAGUAUAUACUUACAUAUAAAUAUACACACGCAAAUGUAUGUAUACUCAUUCACCCCGUCCGUUUACAAUUCGCAAUACACAAAUUGAAGUUUCAAUCUCAUCUCCCUUUUUCCCUCCAAUCUCCAUUCGUCCAUUCUGCAAACAGAAGAAAAUAUAUAUUUUUGCAAUCUCACUAGAAAGUCACUUUGGCAAUUUCUUUGUUCAAGAACUCAAUCACUAGUUCACAUAAUUCAGUAGAAAUACAUAUACAUAAACAUGAAACGAGGUUAUCAGCAAUCUUCCCCAUCGGGCUCUCAUGGACCCCCUCAAUCCAAACCCAGAUAUAACCCUGAAGGGGAUGUACAUUUUUUGGAGGAUGAAAGUACUAAGAUUUUUGCAAAGAAGGUGGCUGAUCAUUACAGCGCAAGGACCAAUCAGACGCUUGAAGAGCGAGAAGCAAGCCCCAUUAUUCAUAUGAAGAAACUUAACAACUGGGUAAAGAGUGUUUUAAUUCAGUUAUAUGCGAAAAGAGGAGAUGCGGUUCUUGAUCUCGCUUGUGGGAAGGGUGGCGAUCUUAUCAAAUGGGAUAAAGCAAAGAUCAGUUAUUAUGUCGGCAUUGAUAUAUCAGAUGGCUCGAUAGAAGACUGUCGAACUCGAUAUAAUGGUGAUGCCGACCAUCAUCAGCGUCGAAAAAAGUUCUCAUUUCCUGCUAGACUCCUUUGUGGAGAUUGUUUUGAGGUGCGCUUGGAUAGAGCUUUGGCAGAUGAUGCUCCCUUCGACAUUUGUAGCUGCCAGUUUGCCCUGCAUUAUUCAUGGUCUACUGAGGCACGUGCGAGGCGGGCAUUGGCUAAUGUAUCGGCUUUACUUCGACCAGGAGGCAUCUUUAUUGGAACUAUGCCAGAUUCCAAUGUUAUCAUUAAAAAGCUUAGAGAAGCCGAGGGGUUGGCAUAUGGUAAUAGUGUGUACUGGAUAAGGUUUGGUGAAGAAUUUGCAGAGAAGAAAUUUAAGUCUUCGAGUCCUUUUGGUAUCCAGUACAGUUUCCACCUAGAGGAUGCUGUUGAUUGUCCUGAAUGGAUUGUCCCUUUUCCUGUCUUCAAAUCAUUGGCAGAAGAGCAUGAUUUGGAGUUGGUUUUUGUAAAAAACUUCCAUUUGUUUGUGGAUGAAUACUUGAAGAAACCAGAAUUUGUUGAGCUCAUGCGGAGGCUUGGUGCAUUGGGUGAUGGUAACCAAGACCAGAGUACUCUGUCACCAGAUGAAUGGGAGGCAGCCUACUUAUAUUUGACCUUCGUUUUGAGGAAGCGGGGGCAACCAGAUCAACCAAGAACUAGCAGUAUACGAGAUAGAGGGAAGAUGCAGUUGUCGAAGGAAGACAUUACAUUCAUAAGAAAUGGUGUUUGACCGCUCAGUUUCAAGAACGGCAUCCAAAUGGGACUAACAGCACCAAAUUCCCUUGUUGUGAAUGGCAAGCUCAAUCCUUCUAUUUAUUUAACUCGUCUUCUCACUACUGAUUACAUUAAAGAAUACCGAGUUCGCUGAUGAGAAUAAGUUCUAUUGCGGCUUGCUUAUGAUAAUGAAAUUUCCCCGUAAUGCUGCCUUCCCUAUCCCCAUUUUCAACUCAAAUGUAUCUUAUUAAGCUGAUUUUCUUUGGACUUGUCCCCAUGUGCCAGUCUUUUUGAUGCACCGAUUCAGUUUAUGUAAUCCCUUCGAAUCAGACAAGCAAAUAAUAAAAGUACGAUUGACAUAUUUGUGUGCA